UUGAAAACGAGGAUUUUAUGUAAGCGGGAAAUGGCGGACUUCGGAAGAAGGACAGUGAGCGGUUUGAAGUACUCGGAGAGAUUAUUUGCAUCGAUAAACAGCUGGUUUCCAUUGUGACUCUUGUUCUUAUGUUUCGUAAUACUUUUGAUUUAUGUAACGUAAAUUAGCACUUUGAAGUGACAUCCUGAGGCCUGAAAAGAGUUGGUGUUUAGUAAAAGGCCGCGGGUUUUUAUUUUCAAGCGUUAUUGCAGACAUUUUGGGAAGCAAUAUUUCAUAAGAUAUAUUUAUAUGUUUUGUUUGAUUUGUGGGUAAGCUAUCUGAAAGCUUGAAUGCUGGUUGACUUGCAUAAGAUCUGAAGUAGAACAAAAUGAACAGUUUUUCACAGGUGUGUCUGGUUACACCCAGUUUUAAUUUGGUUGCUGCGUGCCGUGAGAAAUUAAAGUUAUCGUGGAUCGAAUUUAUUUUAAUGCCUGAAAUACAUUGAGCAUAUUAGUGUAUAAGCUUGAAGGAAUUUAAAAAAUGACAAAUGAAGGUAUGGCCGAUGGGAAAAUGGAGUGGAAAGAUAUUGACAAUUUUAUUACGAAGACCAGACUAUCUCAGUUCAAGGAAUGCAGAAGCGUACCAACUCAAUUCACUUUUUACAAAAGCAUUCUCAUAUUUCUGGGUAUACCAAGAGAUUGUACGGACGAUUUGCCAUCGUGUGUUAAUACUCUAAUGUACAUAAAUCUUGAAGAGGACCUUAAAAACAGAAAUAGAUAUGAAAGGAUGAAUGAUCACGAAGAAAGUAUGCAAAUGGGAGCAGAUGACAACAAAGAUGAAGAGGAAGAAAAUAGUCAGGGCAGAAACUGUAUCAGUUCCUUUCGAUGGAAUCUUUUACUCGAAGUUGAUCCAACGAUGCUGGUGGACAGCACUGGAAUUCCAAAUUAUUCUAAGGAAGAAGAACUUUUGCGAGAGAGGAAGAGAUUGUCAUCUCAUGGAAUUACUUCAUACGAGUUUCAUCAAGAUAGUGGUCGUUUGUUGUUUGCUUCUGGGAAUGCUCUUUAUUGGUUGGAUGUUAAGAAUAUAGCUGAAGGAAAAUCAAAGCAUGCUGUACCAUCUCCAGUAUCAACAACCCUCUCUGGAACCAGGAUGGAUGCAAAAAUCUGUCAUCGCAACCCAGAUCUAAUUUCAUUCAUAUAUCAUGGUGACAUUUAUGUAGCCAAUGUCCAUACCGGCCAAGAACUUCGCCUGACUUUUGUGAGAACUCUUUGGUGUGACGACUGUGUUUCUGCUGGUAUUCCUUCAUUUGUCACUCAAGAAGAAUUUGAUAGAUUUACUGGCUACUGGUGGGAACCAAAAAGCUCAGAAAACAUUGAAGACACAAAGGAUGUUGAAGUUCAUAAAAUUCUUUAUGAAAUGGUUGAUGAAAGCAAGGUUGGAAAGCAACACAUUGUAUCAACAGUCAGUGAGAACAACACUCAGGUGGAGACUUACCGAUACCCAAAAGCAGGCUCGCAAAAUGCAAAAUCUGCUCUUCGCUUGGUGCAGUUUAGUUUCCUUAAAAGCAAACAGGAGAUUUUGGAUGGCAGCAUAUUCGAGCAUGAUUCGAAAGUCGACUUGAAGGAACUCAUCCCCUGGGCAGAGUAUCUUGUUCGCUGUGAGUGGAUGAGCGAUGGCAAAAGUAUCUGGGUCCAAUUAUUAAGUCGAAGACAGAAUCGACUGGCUUUAUUGCGCAUCCCGUUGACAGCAUUCAAAACCAUCUCAUCGACAGAAAAUUCACAGUGCAACUCUGCUUUCAAAAUUAGCAUUAUUUUAGAAGAAUUAUCAGACACAUGGAUAAACCUGUCCGAUAUCAUCUACUUCCUACCUUCCUCUAACACAACAACAACUAAACUUAUUUGGUCGUCAGAGAGGUUGGGUCACCGACAUCUUUAUUUGGUUACUGUUGCUAACGAGGCACCCUUUAGUGGUUCCUAUGGCAACGAUUGCAAUAGUCUCCAAGGCAACGGAAACAAUCUGCAUAUCUGUGACGUGCUGAGUAAUGCUGAGUUGACUGAAGGAUCAUGGGCAGUUUCACCAAAUAAGAUCUGGGUUGAUGAAAAAAGACAGUUGAUUUUCUUUGUUGGAAGAAAAGAUACUCCGCUUGAAGAACAUUUGUACGUGGUGUCCUACCGAUUUGGCUCCGAAGUAAAGAGAUUAACCCAAAGAGGCUUUUAUCAUAUUAGCCAAGUUGAUGAGAGCUGUCGCUGGGUUGUCACUGUUGCGUCAUCAGUCAGCCACCCUUGUCAGGUCCAGGUGUCAAAAAUUUCAAGUUUCCAAGGAAACCACGUCAUUUCGAAUCCUGAAAGGAAUUUAAAUGUUCAGUUGAAUUCACUAGGAUGGCUGGAGACACCGAGAGAAUUAAAGUUCGAUAUAUCCCCGGAAUUCUUCUCGUAUCGAAACAAAAAAGGACAUACAGUGUAUGGUCUCAUAUUAAAACGGAAAAACCUCGAUCUCAAUACAAAACAUCCAACUGUUCUCAUUGUUUAUGGGGGCCCUGGAGAGCAGAUCGUCACGAAUUCCCAGAAGGCCCUGCGUCGUACAGGUCUCCAUUCUCUAACCUCGCUUGGAUAUGUCAUUGUUAUGAUCGACACAAUGGGUUCGUUUAGCAGAGGUGUUGCAUUCGAGGCUGUGUUAAAAGAUAAAAUGGGGACUGUGGAAAUAGAAGAACAGGUGGAAGGCCUCGAAUUUGCAGCACAGAAUUUUCCUUUUAUUGAUCUGAACAGGGUUGCCGUACAUGGAUGGUCAUACGGAGGCUAUUUAUCACUAAUGGGCCUAGCCCAGCGGCCGGAUAUAUUCAAGGUAGCCAUAGCUGGUGCCCCAGUUGUAUCAUGGGAACUUUAUGACACAGGGUACACAGAGAGGUAUAUGGGCCUCCCUCAGAAUAAUCCUGAAGGUUACAAACGAGGCUCUGUAUUGAGUUACGUCAGGCAAUUCCCAAAGGAGAGCAACCGACUGUUAAUUGUCCACGGCUUAAUUGACGAGAAUGUCCAUUUCAGUCACACGAAUUUAUUAAUAAGCAGCUUGGUUCAGGAAGGAAAACCUUAUCAAUUACAGAUCUUCCCGAAUGAGAGACAUGGCAUUAGACACUCAUCUUCGGCGCUUCAUUUUGAAACUAUGCUUCUUUUGUUUUUGCAAAAUAAUCUUUAAAUCAGUCUCAUAUUAAACUCAUUUGUGGCGCACAUAGUGAAUCCGGAUAGGCAACAUUGCUAGAUGUUAUAUUACUAGGAGAGUGUUCCCUGGCCCAAGGCGAUCAAUGAUUCGUUAAUGCAGUCAAAAAGAUCCUCGAGGUAUAUAACACGAGCCUAAGUGAAUUGUCCUAUCCGGAUUCCUUAGUUUCGCCCUUAUUCGAUUCUCGUAUUACUGUAUUGCCACCGUUACGUAAACGCCAUGACGUAAUAAACAUGAUAUAAGAGCCAUGACGUAAGAGUCAUGACGUAAGAGCCAUGACGUAGGAGCCAUGACGUAAGAGCCGCGAAGUGUGAAUCGACUACGCCUGUUUGCUCUGGUAAUAUUCUAAAGUGUUGACGUCACAAGAAUAUUGUUUUGAAAUUUGCAAAGUUUGAUCCCAUAACCUGAAAGAGCAUCAUGAAAUACCCCUAAAUAUGCCAAAAUAGUUGCAUUUGUCACAGAUUUGACGAGAUAUGGCCACAUAAACUUUUGCUCUUUCCCCACCCAAUCAUUGUAAUUUGGUAUCUAUAAAUCUAUGUAAUUUCAUCUUUAUGAUAACUUUAUGAACCAAUCAAAAAUUAUCCAUUACUAAACUCCAAAUCUCUAAUUGUCGGCAAAUCUUCCAAUUUUUGAAGUUUUACCUGAUUUUGCAUAUUAAACAGUAAUUCACUGUUUAAUUAUUUUAAAAAAUUUUUCCUGGUACAAUUUACCUACAUUGAUCGUUAUUUUAGUAAUUCACUGUGUUCUUUAAAGAUUUAUUUCCGUGACGACACACUUUGGAACUCCUGCAAUUAAUACCCAACUUAAAACAGAAAAUAUCUUAAGGAAUAUUUUUCCAAGUUAAAUGUAAUAAAAUCGACAACCUGUUUAAAAUUGCUCUUUAAAAUUACAAAUGGGCUUUCUCGAUAAAUUCAAAGAGGCACAUUUCUAUAAAUUUUGCAUAUUUUUGAAUGAUAUGCCUCCCCGAUUGUAACUUUCCAUCCACAAUGUUAAAUUUUCGUUCGAUAAUUUUUGAAUUUUAGAAUUCAUUCGUACAGAUUUUUAGUUCAAUUUUGUAUUUCCUAAAGUUCUCAAUAUGCAAAUAUACAGCUGAUUUUUUGUUUCUCUGUCUGUUAAACAUCAAACACUACUUGCGUCUGUUCAAGAAAAGGAUUGCUUGGUAGGAGAACGAAAAAGGAUGUUUAAAGGGAGAGGGCAGUAGUGAUAAAGUAAGAACGAGAUGUACUCUAGAAAAGAUAUCUUAGAAAACGAAGGCAAAAGUAAAUUUUUGUCACUUUUCCCAUUAGCAAGGAGUCUGGCCCUCUGAACUUAAGUUGAAUGGAAUUGUCACGAUACAGGGUUCCCUUACAGACAAUGCAAAAUUACACGGAUUACACGACACAGCAUUACG